UUGUACCCAAGGUGUUCUACUGGGUUCUGAAGAAUACUGAACUCAUUGUCAUGUUCAUGAAACCAGUUUCGGAUAACGUUUGCUUUGUGACAUAAUGCAUGAUCGUGCUGGAGGGCACCGCUCACACUUUGGUCUUAAUGGUAAUUUCUACUGCAGUUGGUGGAACGUUACAAUACGGAUACAACCUCGCCAUUAUGAAUGCCCCUACUGUUUAUAUUCAGAACUUUGUAAAUGAGACAGUUCAAAACCGCUGGGGAAUACAAUUAGAGGUGUAUCAGGUCACAUUGAUCUGGACUCUCAUAGUGUCAGUUCUCUCAUUGGGUGGUCUUACAGGGGCUCUGUUGGCUGGGCCCAUGUCCAUCCAUUUUGGAAGGAAGAAAACAAUGCUGCUGAACAACAUUUUUCUAAUGUCCAGCGCACUGCUGGCUGUGACAAGCCGUAAAGCUCAGUCUUUUGAGAUGAUCAUCAUCUCCAGAUAUCUGGUUGGCAUCAACGUGGGGGUCAGUAUGAAUGUGCAGCCAAUGUAUUUUGGUGAAAGUGCACCAAAACACUUACGUGGUGCUGUGGCCCUGUCCUCUUCUGUCUUCACUGCUUUUGGGUUGGUGCUAGGACAAGUCGUAAGUUUGAGGGAGUUGUUGGGUUGUGAAUCAUGUUGGCAGUAUUUGCUAGCCAGUAAUGCUGUGCCAGGUUUCAUUCAGCUCCUCACAUUGCCCUGGUUCCCAGAAAGCCCUCGGUACCUUCUCAUUGAUCGUGGAGACAAGGAUGCCUGCUUAAAGGCACUACAUCGGUUGCGAGGCUGCAAGGUGCAGAAAGAGGAGUUGGAUGAAAUGCUGCAAGAGCAGGCUGAAUCUGAAGGCAGGCGAGCUCAGCGGCCCUGGGAGCUUUUCAGUGAUCGUACUGUUCGCUGGCAACUCAUUUCAGUUGCAGUCAUAAGCAGUGCCAUGCAGUUGUGUGGUAAUGAUUCAAUUUACUUCUAUGCUUCUUACAUAUUUCAAGAGGCAGGAAUAUCAGCUGAACACACCCAGUAUGCGACCAUUGGCACUGGCACAUGUGAAUUCACUGCCUGUAUUCUGUGUAACCUGUUGAUAGAACGGAUGGGCAGAAGGCUGCUUUUAAUGGGAGGUUAUGUGCUCAUGACUGGCUGGGCUAUAGUAUUCACCGUGGCUCUUUCAUUUCAGCAUGUAUUACCCUGGAUGCCUUACCUGAGCAUGGUCUGUGUGUUCACCUAUAUCCUCAGUUUUGGGAUUGGACCAGCGGGGGUGACUGGAAUUCUCCCUACUGAGAUUUUUAACCAGGCAGCUCGCCCUGCUGCCUACAUGAUUGCGGGUUCUCUGAUGUGGCUUAAUCUCUUUAUUAUUGGAACAUUAUUUCCAUUCAUUGUGAAAGGACUGGGUCACUUCUGCUUUAUACCAUUUGGUGUUGUCUGUCUUUUUACUGCUCUCUAUAUUGGAUUGGUUCUGCCUGAAACUAAAGGAAAAACACUACCUAUGAUCACAAGUGAAUUCCAUAGGCUUAACUUCCACAAAAAAGAGAAGACAAGUCUAAAGUGCAAAGACUUUCAUUACCAAGUAGGCAAAGUCCACCACUCAACUGCCCUCUAAGCUACUUAUUUAUGUAAAUUUAGGAAUGCUGGAGCUCUCUGUUGAUUGAGGCUUUAUCCAAAUAUAACCACAUAGACAUUUUAUUGUGAGAACAUUUUAUUCACAAAUUUAAUUUCUUUUUGUUGUAAAGGUAUACAAAUAUACAGAUAUGGUAUAAAUAUAAUACCUAACCCUAUUCUUCUUUUAUAGUAAUUAUACCAAUUAGCACUUUUUAAAAUCUUUUUAAAAGAUUUAUUAAUUAUUUUUUUAAAUUAAUACUUUCAUAGU